AAAAAAAAAUCAUUCUUUGUUUACUGAUUCAAUGAAAACUGAAAACAAAUAAGUAAACAAAGUUUUUAAUUAUUCUGAAUAAAUAUAUAACAAUAUCAAACUUCAUAGAAGCAACUACAGUUUAUUUGUAUUGUGAUGUAUUUAUAUAUAUUAAUAUCAUUACAAUGAAAAAGAAACCUAAGUACAGCUGAAAUGCCGAAAGACAAGUCAAGAGUAACGGAAGCCCAAAAUGACAUCCUGUGUAGAUUCUUUGAAGAAAACCCCGAGGUUAUAAGGGGUUAUAAAAAGACACCCAGGUACAUAGAAGCAGUUCAGACAAAGUGGAAGAAAAUAACACCACAUCUCAAUUCCCUUGGACCAACAAAAGAUCACAAGAGUUGGGCAAAGUAUUUGUGCAACAUGAAAGCAAAACUGAAACAAAACCGUGUAAAAUGGUCAAAGAACAGUGAUGGAACUGGCCCUAUAAUAUGUAACGCUGAGGACUUCAGUGAAGUCAAACUACGGAUGCUACAAGUGUUGAAAGUAUCAUUAAACUCACAAGACACACAGAAACCAAAUACAUCAGAUCUUGAUUUACAAGAAGACACAAAAUUAGAGCAAAAUGAUGAUGACAAUUUUGAAGACCCAUACCCAUGGCACGAAGCUGAUGAUAGUAAAACUCCAGUCCAGACACAUAAUCCAUCAUAUAUAAAAUUAAGAAAAAGUGAAUCUCCAGCUCCAGAAAUUCCACAAGUGCUCUCUAGUCACAAUGAAUGUGGUGAUGAGUUUGACACAUUCGGAAAAAAUAUUGCCCAACAGUUACGGGCGUUACCAUUGCCUCUAGCAUUAGAAACACAAGAGAUGUUAUUAUCAGUGAUAAGGAAGCAAAGAUUGAGUGUACUAAAUAAUACUCAGAACAGUACUGAUCCUUUAGAUAAAUAGUUUUUUAUAACAUUCUACAAGUCAUCAUCAUGACCUUGUAUUUUCUCAUUUAUUUGGGGCUGGUGCAGUAUGUGUUCUUCCACAAAUCCCUGCCAGCUUUAAUUUUUGGGACACACUCUUCUUUUAUGUCCAUCUACCGUUUUUACAGUCAUUUAUUUAUUUCCAUACUUAAAAAAUUGCUGAAAUUCUGUAUGAAAGCAGAAAGGAAUUUUUAAAUUAAAUAUUUAAAGAAAGUAAUGAUUUAAAAAAUGGACUAUUUUUUCCCCCAUAAAAAAAAAUUUAAUCUGAUCAUGGAUCAUACAACAUCACAGUAUACACAAAUAAUUCAAUUCUUCAUGUCAAGGUUGUUUAAAAUGUUUCCUGUUUAAUUCAAUUAUUAUAAAUAUGCAACAAACAAUCGUUUGUUUAUAGUAAAUCUAUAUAAUCUUACAAGUGACAGCAUACUUUACUCAAGUUAUUGGGCCAUCAAGGAAUUCAUUAGUUUUGUACAAGAUUCUAGCACUCCUGUAUAUUACGGUUGUAUGCGAUACUAUAUUGAUACCAAUUUUUUUU